AUGGGUUACUGGAGAGCUGCUCGGUGCGCGGUGCGCUCGGGUGGUAGGUAUGGCUUACUACGGGGUGGCACUGGCAGCCCUGCUCUCACACCAGCAGCCACCAAAACCCAAAAAAGCCCAGCAGUCAACAGCCAACAGCCAACAGUCAACAACCAACAACAACCACCUCGAAACUUAGAACCAGCUCAGCCGAUCUCCAACUUCAUGCCUGGCUCAUCAAGACCGUACGAUCCGAACAUCAAGACCACUUACAAGUCAGACCCAUCCUUACUCUGUGUAAACUUCAAUCAGGAUUAUACUUGUAUCAGUGUCGGCACCCGAUCGGGCUAUGCGAUUACGAACUGUGAACCAUUCGGGAGGGUCUACGGGAAGGCCGAUGGUGCGGUAGGCAUCAUGGAAAUGCUGUUUUGUACUUCGUUGGUCGCCAUAGUUGGUACAGGUGACCGGCCAUCAUAUUCAACCAGGAAACUUCAAAUUAUCAACACCAAGAGGCAGUCAAUGAUAUGCGAACUCAUGUUCCCAACAUCCGUCUUGGCAGUCAAACUAAACAGGAGAAGGCUGGUCGUAGUUCUUGAGGAAGAGAUUUACGUCUAUGAUAUUGGAAACAUGAAACUAUUGCAAUCCUUUGAAACUUAUCCAAAUCCUAGUGCUGUCUGUGCACUGGCACCAUCAUCCGAAAAUAGCUACUUGGCCUACCCUUCCUCCUUACCACUCUCCGAAGUCUCUGGACCAAUCUCAAACAUUCCCCCUCCACCAGAUCCAUCAGCCAUGGCCAAUCAUGGCGAUGUACUGAUUUAUGACGCCAUCACUCUCUCGGUUACAAACGUCAUCCAAGCACAUAAAGCACCCCUGGCAAUAAUCUCUUUCAACUCGACGGGUACUUUAAUGGCAACUGCCUCAGAUAAAGGAACGGUAAUCAGAGUCUUCUCGGUUCCAAACGGACAGAAAGUACUUCAAUUCCGGCGAGGUUCCUAUUCGGCCCGAAUCUUCUCGAUCUCGUUUAACUGUGUCUCGAGCUUGUUGGCAGUGAGCUCGGACACCGAUACGGUUCACAUCUUCAAACUCGUAUCUCGUGCCCAGAAAUCCUCGAGUCGGAAAGCUUUGGGCGCUGGUGAUCGGGCACUGUCGACGGGUGAUCUAACCGAUGCACCUUAUGAGGAUGACAAUGAAUCGAUAACGAGCUCGUCAGCCGGAAGAUAUCAGGGAGGUCGGUCAGAUAGUGGAGAAGGUGGUCAAUCGAGUGGUUAUCAGGCUUUUAUCGAUAAGAAACGAGGUUCAUCAAUCUCUCUUGGCGGUAGUCUGAGGAAAAAGUCAUUCAACAUUGGUAGAAGCUUGGCCGGUGCAGCGGGUGGAUAUUUACCAAAUACGAUCACCGAGCUGUGGGAACCCCAGAGGGACUUUGCCUCCUUAAAGCUGCCUACAAGUGGAGUUAGAACAGUGGUGGCUAUGAGCGGCAAUUCGCCUCACGUCAUGGUUGUUUCAUCUGAAGGAUUGUUCUACGUUUAUUCGAUUGACCUGGAAAACGGAGGAGAGUGCAUCUUAACGAAGAGUCACAAUCUUCUAGAAGGAUUGGAUUCAUUUGAUAACCAAUCAACCUUUAGAGAUGACUCGACCGCCGUUGCCCCCUCAAGCCUCUCAUAUUAGCACCAAGACCACAAUUACUAAUUCGCAGAUCAACUUCAAGCAUCUGAUUGCAUUAACGAUCGGAACAAUCAUUAUGCCUUUUGAUCGCUCUCCAAAGAACCAGAACUCAUAAUUCAUUUUGAUCUUUAGACAUGUUGUUUUUCCCUUUCUAUGUAGAAUAAAUUGAUAAAAAUAGCUGCUUUUUUUCUCUGUUGCUUUUUUCUAAACAUAUAUACAUACCUAGAUAUGUAUAUGAUUAACAACAAAACAAACAUUACUGUUACUGACCAUGCCACAAAGUAGAUUGCCACACAACCAAGAAACAUGAACUGGCAACUUGAAAAACAUCCUUGUUUUUUGCAGUGGUUGUUGCGUUGACUUUUCCUUUUCUCCUGUUGAUCAUGUGUGCCACAAGAAAAUAGAUCAGAUAUGGAUUGGGUUUUCAAUGAACAUGAAGAGACAGCAUAAAUGGGGCUCCUUUUUAGAAGAGAUUCUAGUUGUCCCAAAGCUACAAAGACUUUUGCUGCUUCAAUUCUACAGGUAAUUCAAUUAACUAAGAAGGAAAGAGCACAAUAUAAUUACGUUUUUUUUUAUUAGGAAUGA